AUGUCAGCCAACAUGAGUAUGUUGUCGCCAAUGAUCAAUCAAACAUCAGCCGCCCUACUGGUCAGUAACGAACUCGCUUCCACAAUCAUGUUAAUAUUUGAACGUUUUCUCUUUCCUUGUAUUGGCGUGUUGGGUAUAGCAGGCAAUGUGACUGGCAUUGUCGCACUGACACGCGAAGGAUUUAGGAACAAUUCCAAUGUACUGCUCUUGUCAUUGUCUGUGUCUAACGUUCUCUUCUUGAUUGGUAUCAACAACAUUCUAGUUCAUAUUUAUAACAGCAGUGAUCGUGCAGGAUUCUCCUUCUCUGAAGCUAUCAACUACGUGUGUUAUAUACUGCUAUUAAUAUGGAGCUUACCGUACACAAUGGGAGUAUUUACAGGUCCACUCAUCCCUGUUCUAAUAACAGGUGAACGUAUUCUAGUCAUUUUCGGCCCAUUCAGGGCCCAUGUAAUUCUAACACCACGGCGGACAAUAGCAGUCCUUCUUUGCUUCUAUCUUCUGACUGUGGUCUUGUUUGUAUAUCAUGAGAUACUUGGCUUACAGUUGAAGACGUAUGUUAUAAAUAGUGUAACUACCUCGCUUAUUGUCAGCAGUGAUAUGCGGAGAAAUCAUAUCGACAUUGGUCUGGUUGAUUUGAUGGAAACUGUAGUUAAUUACCUGACAGGAAUAAUUCCACUGUCUCUGAUAACCGUGGGUUGUGUUGUUAUCGGAAUCAAAAUCAUAUGCGUCACCAAGAGACGCCGACAGUUGACCUCCAGUAAGGUCAAAGCCAACACUAAACACGGUAUUACGAAGACAACGAAAACUUUACUGAAGAUUUGCUUGCUGUAUAUUUGCUGUUACGGUUUUGGGUUUUCUCUCAUAUUCAUUUUUGAUAGUGAACUUUUGAAACACGAAUCGUCACUCAAACUUGUUAUGAUACAAGUUCAAGAUUUGUUAAUGUGUACAAACUGUCUCGGAGACUUUUUUAUUUACUGUGCAUCAAACAAGAGGUUGUGGAAGUCAGUUACUGCGUGGCAGAGAUGA